AUGUCAAGAACUGGAUCAAAACUAUUGAAUUAUGCUGAUCAAACUAAAACUGCGAUUCUAAAUAUUAAGAUUUCUGAAGAUUUUCAACCUACAGAUUGGUUAGGUGCUAUUUUAGCUCCGACAAAGAGUUGUUCAAGUGAUUCUAAUGAAGUUAUGAAAUCCUUAAUUUCUAUGAAAAUCAAAACUAGUGAUCUUGUUCUUGAAAAAGAUGAAAAGAAUGAACCACAGCCAAUAACAAAGCAUCUAUUUCAUGGUGGAACUAGAUCAGGAGAUGUGGUCGCUAGUUAUUAUCAGUUUGGUCAAGAAUUUCCAAUGGAAUUUGAGUUUUUUGGUUUGGAACAAGGCAGAGUAUUUGGUCAGGGAGAUGAUGACAUUGGAGCUUUUACUCUUGCUGGUCAAUACAAUCUUAAAGAUGACUGUGGUGAUAUCAAUAUGAAUAAGCAAUAUGUUGGAAAACAUUCCGUUAUAUAUCGAGGAAAUAUUUCUUUCAAAGGAAUAACAUGUAUGAUAGAAGGACAAUGGGCAAUAGGCGACAUGCAUGAUAGUUUUUUCAUCCGUCUGACUCUUCCAGAGGUAUAUACAAAAGAAAUGGAAAAAGUAUCAUCACCAAAAGCGUCACGAAGACUAGGAAACAAAGUUAUGAUUUCCUAUUGUCCAUGUCAAUAUGAUUUAGCUCAAAAGAUAGCUGAACGAUUAACUACUAAAGGUAUUCCAGUGGUUUGUCCGCCAUUACGAAUGCAUGAGAUGAUAAAAAUAGCAACUGAAGAAGCAAGAGUUGUUGUACCAUUAAUGAGUGAAGCCUAUGAAACAUCUAAUAUUUCAAAGUAUGUUCUUUCUUAUGUUGAUGAAGCUGGUAUUCCUAUAAUUCCUGUAAAAGCGCAAGAUCAUUAUUCACAAAGUGGUUGGCUUGGUGUCAUUUGUGCUGGUGCAUUAUGGACAAAGAUAACAAAUGUGAAUGACAUUGAGAAAAAUAUUGAGAAUCUUAUAAGACAAUUGCAGCCAUAUAUCAGAGAUUCUUUAGAUGAAGAACAACGUAUUGAUACUCUUGUUGAUGGAACUCUUGCUGAAGGUUAUUAUGUUCAGUGGGGAAAUAAGUUUGAUAUGAGAUUUGAUAUGUUUGCUAUGGUAAAUGGAUAUAUUGCUGGUCAAGGAGAUGAUAUAGUCGGUGGCUUUGUAAUCAAUGGGAAAUAUACUUGCUUAUCGAAUAAAAAAGAUUUUGAAUUCCAGUUUAAAAAGCAUUAUAUCGGAAAACACGAUGUUCAAUAUUCUGGAAUUAUAACUCACAACAAAUUUCGAUUCUUUCUUGAUGGGAAAUGGGUUCUAAAUGACUCAUCUGAUAGUUUUCAUCUAGAAAUUUUGCGUAAUCAAUCAUUAGGACGUCAAAGUAUGCAUAUAAUGUUAAGUUACGAAUGGAAGAAUCAAGAGCUGGUUAAGCGAGUAGCAAAUAUGCUCAAACAAAGAAAUAUUCCUACUUGGUUUGAUAUUGCCGGAGAUAUGAAAGGAAAUAUUAAUUCUGCUAUGGCUAAUGGCGUUGAAGGUGCUGCGAUGAUUGUUAGUUUCGCUACUGUUGCUUAUAGUAAAAGCAUUAAUUGUCAAAAAGAAUUUACUUAUGCUUCUCAAUUAAAGAAGAAUAUUCUUCCUAUACUUCUUGAGAAUGAUAACGGAUUGCAAAACACAUGGUUAGGAAUGAUAAUAACUUCGUUAAAUCCAAUCCAUUUGCAAGAUGAUAAUCAAUUCAACUCCAGUAUCGAUACUCUUGUACUAAGAAUUAAUCGAGCUCUUCAAGAGAAAAAAACUGAAGAAUCUCAUCGAUCUCAAGUCAUUACAAGGUUUGAAGGUGGUGCUGUAGAAGGAAAAUAUUAUCAAUAUCAACAAGCUUUUGAUAUGUUCUUUGAUUUCUUUAGCUUAAUAGAAGGAAGAGUUUUAGGUCAAGGAAACGAUAAAAUUGGACCUUUUACAAUGGCUGGAAAUUAUGAUAACGAAGGAAAGAUUUCCUUCACAAAGCAAUACGUUGGAAAACAUGCUGUUGCAUACAAUGGAGAUCUCUAUUGCGAUAACUUGGGAGGAUUUAAGAUUAAAGGACACUGGACUAUUGGCAACCAAACAGAUGAAUUCUAUCUGAAAAGUAUUAAUGCUUCCAAGUCUUGA